UAGGUAAGACAGGCGUCAGUGCUUAGACAGGUAUGAUUGCACAGACGCAGCUCUUUGGCUACAGUUCAAGGCACUCCGCGUCUUGACGCACAAGGCUUUACGCACAGAACUCCCUGGAGUUUAAGACUGGACUGAUCUGACUCUGCGCCACUGUAAGCAUGAAGCUGGAGGUGUUGUGUGGGAGCCACUACGACAUGAAACACUUCGAGAUGUCCAGUGAUGCAGAGCGGAAUGCGCGAUCUCCUCUGUCUGCUGAGGAGGAGCUGGGGUCGGAUGGAGACUGCGUGGCGCACAGCCCUUCACCUGUUGCACCGUGCGGGAGCAGCAAGUCCAAGCCGUACACGCGGAGACCCAAACCCCCGUUUUCAUACAUCGCUCUCAUCGCCAUGGCCAUUCGGGAUUCUCCCUCCGGACGUCUGACUCUGGCAGAGAUAAACGACUACCUGAUGAAGAAGUUUCCAUUCUUCAGGGGCAGUUACACCGGCUGGAGGAACUCGGUUCGACACAACUUGUCUCUGAAUGACUGUUUUCUCAAAGUGCUCCGGGACCCGUCUAGACCUUGGGGAAAGGACAAUUACUGGAUGCUCAAUCCUCACAGCGAAUACACGUUCGCUGAUGGGGUGUUCCGGCGCAGAAGAAAGCGCAUUAACAAGAAGUUCGAAAGGGAGCAGGACGUGUCCGAGCAGGCAGAGGAGUCACAGAGCAGUCAGCAGUCUGCUGCGGCCAACAAGACGGACUCCUGCCCCAAGUUUACCAGUUCAUUCGCUAUCGACAGUAUCCUCAGCACACCCUUUAAGAGAGACUUAAACAAAGGACAUGUACUUCUCCCCCCUGCCUUCACCUGGUCGCACCACACUGAACUGAUGAUGCAUCAUUCAAAUACACCUGCUUCAUUUCCAUACGUUAGGGCGCCCUGCCAUGUGGACUCCUUCACAGCGCAUGUGCCAAACGCCUACGGCGGUGGGCUGCUCUCAUAGACAGUCCUGCAUUAUCAGAAAUAUAUUAUUUGGAGAUUAAAUCUCACCAUAAUGCACUGAUGGUGGAUACAGAGGAGACAGCAAACCCAACACAAAAGAGAGGAAAAAAAGUUUACUUCUGUGUUGGGAUUAAAUUAUUACAUUACUGUGGUGGUAUGGGUUCUUACUUUACUUCUUGUACCUGUGGUUGUUUCCCUUUUAUUUUCAAAUUCUCAGAUUUUUUUAUAUUAAAAUAUUUGUUGUAAAUGUUACUGAACAGACCAUUGUCUUUUGUUCCACAAACGUUUUAAAAUAUGCACUUUUUUAUUUUUAUUAUGUCUCUCUCAAAAUCUGUGCUCUAUAUAAUGAAAUAAAAACUUACUCAUGCUGA